CCUGUUAGUGGAAGCUAGCUCUACCUCUAGCAUCUCAAGUCAAUCAAGAAUAAAGCAACUUAACAAUUAAAGAAAACAAUUAAAAAGUAGCUAUGCACCGCGUAAAGGAUCUAAUACCUUUCUUCACCCACCGCUGUUGGUUUAUAUGUAGGUUUGGUUUCACUCUCAAGCUAAAAGAAAGUUAAAGCCUCGAAAGAACACUUUAUCUUCUUCUUCCCAUAACCCUCUGCCUUCUAAGUUCACCAAUGUCUAACGUGGUCGAGGUGAAGGUAGGUUUGCAUUGUGUUGAUUGCAUCAAGAAGAUAUUGAAGGCCAUUAAGAAAAUUCAAGAUAUCGAGACAUAUGACGUUGAUAAACAACUUAACAAGGUCAUUGUUACGGGCAAUGUUACUACAGAAGAAGUGAUCAAGGCGCUUCAAAAGAUUGGCAAGUCUGCUACAGCUUGGGAGCCAGAGACCCAGUGAAACUAGAUGACACUUACAAUUAUUAGCAUUAGGAUUUUGCACAAUCUUGAAUUACAUUUGAAUUUAAUGUAGCGAAACUUAUAUCCAUCAUUUAAAUUUAAAUGAGUUCCCCUAAAUUUUCUUAA